CCCUGUGAACAGAAGAAAGGAUUGAUCUGAGCAUUCAAGAGUGAAACCACUGGAAUUCAGAAGUCACCCUUCCUUCUCCUCUAGAAGAUAUGAUUUCCAGGAAAGUGCUGGUGGGAUCUCUUGUCUGCCUGGGUGCUGUUGCUGCAGUUAUCUGGGCUCUAGCUGGGACUAGAAAAGUGCACUACCUGCCCUACUACCUUCCUUGCCCUGAAAUCUUCUCCAUGAAACUCCAGUAUACAGAAGAGAAGCUAAUCCAGCUUUUCCCCCAAUUAUUUUAUCAGCAGCCAAGAGUGCUGGCGCCAAAGCGCCAGGAUGUGCUGACAGUCACACCAUGGCUGGCCCCCAUCGUCUGGGAAGGGACCUUCAAUCCUGAGAUCCUGGACAGUGCCUAUAGACCCCUGAACCUCACCAUAGGGGUGACAGCCUUUGCUGUUGGAAAGUACACGAGGUUCGUGCGGCGCUUCCUGGAGUCGGCAGAGCAGCACUUCAUGCGUGGCUACCGGGUCAACUAUUACAUCUUCACAGACAGCCCUGAGAGCAUCCCCCGAGCGCAGCUGCGGCCAGGGCGCAGGCUGCUCACCGUCCCUGUCCACAAAUACUCCAGCUGGCAGGAGAUCUCCACGCGCAGGAUGGAGACCAUCAACCGGCACGUGGCCGCGGUGAGCCAUCGGGAGGUGCAGUACCUCUUCUGCCUGGACGUGGACAUGGUGUUCCACAACCCCUGGGGCCCUGAGACCCUGGGGGACAUGGUGGCCGCCAUCCACCCUGGCUACUUCCAUGUCCCACGAGAGCAGUUCCCUUAUGAGAGGAGGAGCUCCUCAGCAGCCUUCAUCCCCAAGGGAGAAGGGGAUUUCUACUACGGAGGAGCCGUGUUUGGAGGCUUGGUCAAGAACGUCUACGAGUUCACCAAGACCUGCCACAUGACCAUCCUGGCAGACAAAGCCAACGGGGUCAUGGCAGCCUGGCAGGAGGAGAGUCACCUCAACAGGCACUUCCUGACCCACAAACCCUCCAAGCUGCUUUCUCCAGAGUAUAUAUGGGAUGACAGGAAGCCAAAGCCCCCCGAAAUCCGCCUCAUACGUUUUUCCACAGUGGAUAAGAACUACAAAGAGAUCCGAAAUUGACCAUCUGAUCCCUGCAACAAACCAAAACCCACCAAAAUCAGUUUCUGCAGAAUGAGCCCCACCGUGAAUUUUUUGGUUCCUGGUAGGAGCAAACUGGGAAGGGAAGGUGUGGAUAGUUCCUCUGGAGACCAGAGUCUCAAUGCAUUCCAGAAGCAGCAAUCAAAAUGCAGGUGAGACUGAAAAGGUUUCUGGAUUCCCACUCUUUGUAAAGAAGAAAAAAAACCCAAAAGACAAAACUCUGCCUGAGGCUGUAGCACACAGAAAAGCAUCCAAAAGGCCAGUGAUCCAAUGCAUGGAUGUAGUUGCCUUCCCAUGACUGUUUUCGAGAGGCCUGGCAGAAACUUAACAAGAUCGAAAUGGCAUUUGACAUUCUUGUGGAGAAGACCUUGAAUUUUGGUAAAUACCUCUUCACUUAAAAAAAGAACAUUUCAGGGUGAUAAUUUUUCCUGCAUUAUGAUUUAAACUAACACCUUUUGUCACAAUCAGGAAGAAACUUGCACUCAGAGCACGUUAUCCCUGAGUGGUGUGCAGCAGGAUUUCUUGGACCUUCUCAGCAGAGGGCUGGUGCCAGGCAUUGCCAGUAAGAGCCCUGGUCUGACAGGACAAACAUUGUGAACUCAUCUAGCAGUUAUCUCCCAAAUUCCAGUCUUUGCUUUGGAGACCCAAGUUGAGACAGAACUGGCACAGCUCAGAGCAGACUGAACUUCUUCGGGUUUAUUUCAAUCACAGAUGUGCUCUGAACCUUUUCCCUGGGUCACAUGUCUCUGUGGAUCAUGUAAUCUUUUCCAAUAGAGAAAAUCUGUUUUUGAGAUGUUCAUGUUCCUCUCCACUGCUUC